CCAACUUUCGAUUUUACACUCAAGUCUCCUUGGGUCUCUCAAAGCUGUCUCCUCCUCCUCUGAACCCAUUAAAACUUCAGCCUUCCGCCGACGCCGACGACGACGACUGCCGCACUCUAAGGGGUUCAGCAGCUAAUAGGAGCAUCUAUUCAAAUGGAAGCCAAAUUUUUUCGAUUUCUUAAGAUUGUGGGUGUGGGUUACAAGGCCCGAGCGGAAGCCGAAGGACGCAUGUUGUAUCUGAAAUUGGGUUACAGUCAUGAGGUUGAAUUGACCGUUCCUCCUGCUGUUCGGGUUUUCUGCUUCAAGAACAAUGUAGUUUGCUGCACCGGAAUUGAUAAAGAUAGGGUGCACCAGUUUGCUGCCGCCGUUCGUAGUUGUAAGCCACCCGAGGUCUACAAGGGAAAGGGUAUAAUGUAUGUCGACGAAGUUAUUAAGAAGAAGCAAGGAAAGAAGUCUAAGUGACUGGAUAUCUCAAACCUUAUGCUGGAAAUUGGUAAUCUUUUCCAUUUGCUUUCUGGUUGUAAUCAAAAGAUUGUAGUGGCUUGGGAUUCUCUUUCAAACUAUCCUCAUUUAGGUUUCUUUGUCUGUACUUUUGCGGCUUUCCUGAUUUUGCACUUUGGAUGUCCGGUUUCACCUACUGCUAAACCACAGCGGAGAUGAAUUAAACCUCACGGCACGCUAAAUUUAGAUGUUUCUGAUGAUUUA